UGCUCCAGCCCUCUGAUCAUCCUUGUAGCCCUCCUCUGGACUCACUCCAACAGGUCCCUGUUGUUCUUCUGAUGGGGCGCCCAGAGCUGCAUGCGGUAGUCCAAGUGGGAUCUCAGGAGAGUCGAGUAGAGGGGGAGAAUCACCUCUCUCAACUCACUGAAAGGAGUUUUUAGCCCCAUAAUGAUAAUAGUGAUACACAAUGCCUGAUCAGGACAAAAAGUUGAAGAGCACAGAAAAAGCAACAGACAAAAAGCCUCCUGGGAUCUCUAUGAGGGAUUAUUCUGAUCUAAAAAGACGUCAGUCUCUCUUAAGUGUUCAGUCAAGGAACCAACAGGUAUUUUUCAAUAACUCUAUAUAUAUAUAUUCCAGUGUGACAAGACCUUGGCAAAAUGUCAAAAGCAAUGAACAAAAGUCCAGUGGUCAAUGGCAAGAAUCAACAGAAGCUUUUGAGCUUGAAAAAUUUAGCAUGACCUGCAAAAAUGAGAGAAAUAUUAGCAAGCAUCCCAAACAUCAGCUGUUUCAAGAUACCUUUAUGACUUUAGUUAAGAACAGACUUACCUACAGGCAGUGGGUUAUUCAAGCUCCAUCCAUCCAUUUUCUUAGAGUAUUAAUCUGCCUGAGAUUAUUAAUAAGGGAUCCAUGCUGCCAAGAAAUGCUCCACAGCCUGGGUGGAAUUGAAAAUCUAGCUCAGUAUAUGGGAACAGUAGCAAAUCGUUAUCUUAAUUAUGGAGAAGAGCAGCAUAAUGUGGACAAGUUGGUCAACAUGACAUAUAUUUUCCAAAAGCUUGCUGCUGUUAAAAAUCCAAGAGAAUGGGUUGUAGCAAGUGGAGAACAUAAAACCUUAGUAAAUUUGUUAUCUGCAGACAGCCAUGUGUUUUUUGGUGCCCUCUGUGCUCUGACUAGCUUAGCAGAAAGUCCAGAAUGUAAGCAGAAGAUAAGUGAGCUCAUCAUUGUUGAAAACUUGCUGGUGAUAUUACAUGAAUACAAUUUUCUCUCUGAAAGGCUGUUGCUACGACUUCUUUGUGCGUCACAAGUCAAAGAGCAAAUAAAAAUGUAUGAAGGAGUUCCAGUCUUGCUCAGUUAACUCCAUUCUGAUGACAUCAAACAUCUCUGGAGUAUAGCUUGUAUUCUGUGUGAGGUUUGUGAAGAUCUUGAGACUAGUGUGGAAAUUUGGAUCUGGGGUGGAAUCAAGCAGCUCCUUCGUAUAUUUUAGGGGGAAAGAAUUCUUGUGUCUGACCACUCUUCAGCUGGAAGCUUAUCUAGUGCAAAUGCAGCAGGGAGAAUCCAGUAUCUUCAUUGGUCAGAUGAUCUGAGUCCUGAUGAGAUACAAAAAAAAAAUACUUUCUCACUUCAAGCAGCUUCUUGUGCUGCAGUUACUGAACUGGUGCUCAAUGAGACUAAUGCUUACGAGGUUGUACAGGCAAAUGGAAUAUAUACAAUAGCAAAGCUGAUUUUACCAAAGAGGAAUGCUGAAAGAGCCAGUUUAUUACAGUGUUAUGCUUUCAGAGCCCUGAGAUUUCUCUUCAGUAUGGAAAGAAAUCAACAUAUUUUUAAAAGACUUUUCCCUACUGACUUUUUUGAAAUCUUCAUUGAUAUUGGACAUUAUGUGCAUGAUAUCAGAGCUUAUGAAGGGUUGGUAUUAAAGCUAAAUUUCUUAAAGGAGGAUGUAUUGAAGCAAAUUGCUGAAAAUAUUGAGAGCAUGAAUCACUAUAAGGCACCCACAAAACAUAUAGGAAUUGCAGUUUGAGAGCACCUUGGCAAUGGAGCUUUUGGAAGUGUUUUAUCUUGUUUAUGGGUUAGAAAACAUAACAGACAAAAUCUCCUGGCAAUGAAAGAAGUCAAUUGACACAAUCCAGCAUUUGGAAAGGACAAAAAACACAGAGACAGCAGUGUAAAAAACAUUGUCUCUGAAUUAACCAUCACCAAAGAGCAGGUUUAUCAUCCAAAUGUUGUACGGUAUUGCAGAACCUUCUUGGAAAGUGAUGUAUUGUACCUAGUCAUGGAACUCAUAGAGAGGGUGCCAUUGGGAGAACACUUUCACUCUUUGAAGGAAAAGCAACAACAGUUUACAGAAGACAGAAUACGGCAUAUAUUUAUCCAACUUUGUCUAGGUCUUUGUUAUUUGCAUAAAGAGAAAAGGAUUGUUCAUCGAGAUCUCACUCCAAACAAUGUCAUGUUGGGGGAUAAAGACAAAGUUACAAUUACUGACUUUGGGCUUGCAAAGCAAAAGCAAGAAAACUGCAAACUUGCAUCAGUAGUUGGAGCCAUCCUAUACUCAUGUCCUGAAGUUGUAAAGUGUGAGCCUUAUGGAGAGAAGGCUGAUGUCUGGGCUGCAGGAUGCAUCCUUUAUCAGAUGGCCACUCUGAACCCAGCAUUUUACAGCACCAAUAUGCUCUCCUUGGCAACUAAGAUAGUAGGGGAUGUGUAUGAACCUGUGCCAGAAGGAUUGUACUCUGAAAAAGUUUCAUUUGCCAUUAAGAGCUGCUUGACUCCUGAUAAAGAGGCAUGUCCAGAUGUAGUGGAGGUCAUCUCACUUCUGUCUGAUGUGAUGAUGAAAUGCCUGGAUGUUUUAUGCACCUCUCAUCUCGUGUUGGAGAAGAAACUGGAUCGGCAGAAGGGACAAACCCAGUGGUACUUCAUGGAGGCUAAUUGAAAUGCAGUGACCUAUCACUAUCAGCUCUCCAUUUUAUCACAAGAAAAUUACGAGAAGUUGAGUCUGGAUAAUAGCAGCAGUGGAGCAGCCAGUUGCAAAAGUGAAUUUUCAGAGAAUACUGACCUUCCAGUUGACAGUUGUCAGUCUGCACAUGGAAAAGAUGAGGAAAGAACAUAUGAAGCAAUCCCAGUAGAAGGUCACAGGACUAUGGAGAAAGGUAUUUUCUCUGAAUUAGACAAUGAGAUGGACAUAGUGGACAACUCAAGCAGCUCCAGUUCAAGUAAUUUGAAAGAGUCUGCUAUUGCUUCCUCCAGCUUUGCAAUGCAACUUGAAAAGGAGAAUCAUUGAGAGAUUCAAGAAAUCCCUCUCAGUCAGCAGAGCAAUCCUUGUAAUCUGAAAUCAGAAAUCAAAAAGCUGCUGCAAGGUUCUCCUGAAUUGAUUGAACCCAACAUCUUCACAGCAGAUUGGCAUGGGGUACAUCUUUCUUCAGGUGGAAAU